UGAAACCAAAAGUGAUCGUAUCAGAGAAGCCAUUUCGAUUUUUUAAUAACGUCUUCACAUGUCACGCACGAAUUUCUGAAAUCAAGCCUGUCAUAAGAAGAGAAGCCGAAGAACAGCUUGUGGAAUGAGUGUGAAUGAGGAGAGAGAGCAGGAGAAACCUGCCUAUGAAAUGUGUGUGUGUGAGGAAAGAGAGCAGGAGGCUCCUGUUGACACUCAGAGAGAAGCAUCUCCAGGAUUUAGCUGUGUGCCUAUGAAGAGUAACAGAUCCACUGGUCUGCCCCCUGAUCUCAGUGAUAGAACUGCGGUGACCUCAUCGAAGACAAAGAGAGCAGCUCCUCCAUUGCAGCCCCCUGAUCUCAGUGAUGAAUCAGAGCCCUUUAUUUCUGUGAAGACAAAGAGAACAGCUCCUCCAUUGCAGCCCCCUGAUGUCAGUGAUAAAUCAGAGCCCUUUGAUCCUGUAUAUGUGUCCAGUCAGACCAGCACAUCCCCCUACUGUCACAACUACAUCAGUCAUCAUGACUCAGAAGCAGCCCUGCAACUCGAUUCUCACCAACCAGUGCAUGAUGAUCUGCAGAGAGUCAAAGACCAGCACAAAACCAGCAUGAAGAGCAAGUAUGAGAGCUUAUUUGAGGAAAUCAAACUACAAGAGAAUCAAACCCUCCUGAACAGGAUUUACACACAGCUGUACAUCAUAGAGGGAGAGAGUGAAGGAUUGAAUGAAGAACACAAGGUGCUACAGAAGGAGAAAAGUUACAUGACACUCCAAGACACUCCAAUCUACUGCAAUGACAUCUUUAAUCCUUUAUCUGAACCAGGAUUUGAGGAGAUGAGAAGUGAUAAAAAAGAUCAAAUAAAGACUGUUCUUACUAAAGGAAUCACUGGAAUUGGAAAAACCGUCUCUGUGCAGAAGUUCAUUCUGGACUGGGCCGAGGGAAAAGCCAAUCAGGAUGUGGAUUUCAUGUUUGUGCUUCCAUUUCGAGAGCUGAACUUGAUUAAAGAUAAUCAGUACAAUCUCCACAGACUUCUGCUUGACUUUCAUCCUAAACUUAAAGAUUUGAACUCAGAGAUGUAUGAUAAAUGUAAAGUUGUGUUCAUCUUUGAUGGUCUCGAUGAAAGCAGAAUUAGUUUAAUGUUUUUAGACAGUGAGAAAGUUUCUGAUGUGACUAAGAUUUCAUCAGUGGGUGUGUUGAUAUCAAACCUUAUUAAAGGAGAUCUGCUUCCCUCAGCUCUCAUCUGGAUCACCACCAGACCAGCAGCAGCCAAUCAGAUCCCCUCUAAGUACAUCAACCGUGUGACAGAAAUUCAGGGAUUCAAUGACCAUCAGAAGGAGGAAUAUUUCAGGAAGAGAAUCAGUGAUGAGCAUCAAGCCAGCAGAAUCAUCUCACACAUCAGAAGAGCAAGAAGCCUCCACAUCAUGUGUCACAUACCCGUCUUCUGCUGGAUCUCAGCUACUGUGCUUCAAAACAUCAUGAAACAAGAUCUCAGUGCAGAAAUCCCUCAAACUCUAACUGAAAUGUACAUCCACUUCCUGCUCAGUCAAACAAAUAUGAGGAACCAGAAGUAUGAAGAGAGAGAUCCAGAGAAACUCCUGCAGUCCAACAGAGAAGUGAUUGUGAAACUUGCUGAACUGGCUUUCAAUCAGCUGAUGAAAGGCAAUGUGAUGUUCUAUGAGGAGGACCUGAGAGAAAGCAGCAUAGACGUCACUAACGCCUCAAUGUAUUCUGGGAUUUGCAAGAUCUUUAGAGAGGAAUCAGAGAUUUAUCAUAGGAAGGUUUACAGCUUUGUACACCUGAGCUUUCAGGAGUUUUUUGCAGCUUUAUAUGUGUUUUACUGCUAUUUGCACAAGAACAGUGAGGCUUUGAAAAUGUUCCCAAAAGAAGAGUCCAUAACUCAGUGUGAGAAUGUUCCUCUGGAUGUGCUUCUGAAAGGAGCGGUGAAUAAAGCUUUAAACAGUGGAAAUGGACCCUUGGAUCUUUUCCUUCAAUUUCUUCAUGGCAUCACACUGGAGUCCAAUCAGAGACUCUUAAAGGAUGUACUGAUACACACAGAGAACAACACAGAGAGCAUAAAGAAAAUAAUCCAAAACCUCAAACAAGGUCAAAAAAGCAACAUCAGCCCUGAAAGGUGGAUAAAUCUGUCACUCUGCUUGAUUGAAAUGAAGAAUAAUUCUGUUGUUAAAGAAGUGCAGGAGCUUUUAAUAUCUAAAGCAAAAAGUCAAAGUAUUUCUCUUGCACAAUGCUCAACUUUGGCAAAUAUGAUCCUAAUGUCAGAGGAAGUGCUGGAUGAGUUUGAUCUUAAACAGUACAACAUCAAAUCAAAAGGAAGAUGGAGACUUUUACCUGCUGUGAGAAACUGCAGAAAAGCUCUUUUGGUAGGCUGUAAUCUCACUGAUCAGCACUGUGAAAUUGUGGCUUCAGCUCUACAAUCAUCAAACAACCCCCUGAGAGAGCUGAACUUGAGUAACAAUGACCUGCAUGAUUCAGGAGUGAAGCUGCUCUGUGCUGGCCUGAAUAGUCCUAACUGUCAGCUCCACAUACUGAGAUUAUCUGGCUGUAUGGUGACAGUAGAAGGUUGUGCUGCUCUGGCAUCAGCUCUGAGUUCAAACCACUCGCACCUGAGAGAGCUGGAUCUGAGCUACAAUCACCCAGGAGAUUCAGGACUGAAGCUGCUCUCUGAUACACUCAACCAUCUGGACAAACUCAAUGUGGAUCAUGGAGGAGAGUUCAGGAUUAGAUCAGGACUCCACAAAUAUGCCUGUGAUCUCACUCUGGAUCCAAACACAGCAAAUGUUUUCCUCAUUCUAUCUGAGGACAACAGAAAGGUGACGUGUGUAAAUGAGCCACAGUCAUAUCCUGUUCAUCCAGAGAGAUUUGAUGGGCGUCCUCAGGUUCUGUGUAAAGAGAGUCUGACUGGACGCUGUUACUGGGAGGCUGAAUGGAGUGGAGAUAGAGCUGCUGCUAUAUCAGUGGCAUAUAAAGAAAUCAAGAGGAAAGGAGGGCUCUUUAGUAAUGACUGUGUGUUUGGAUACAAUGAAAACUCCUGGAGUCUAUUCUGCUCUGAUUACGGAUUAACUGUCCGUCACAAUGAUUACUCCACUUCCAUAUCUGCUGGUUCAGGCUCCUGUAAGAGAGUAGGAGUGUAUCUGGACAUGCCGACUGGCACUCUGUCCUUCUACAGCGUCUCUGACACACACAAACUCACACACUUACACACAUUCACACACACAUUCACUCAACCACUCUAUGCUGGAUUUAGGCUUUAUAAUUCCAACUCUUCAGUGUCUCUGUGUCACAUUAAAUUCAAAACUGACUGACAAACACUCUCUCUUUAACACACUCUCAGACACAUUCACUGAACCCUUCUGGUGAAUUUACAGUUUAAUCCUUAGAGUCUCUAGCCAUGUUUCCUUUACCCUUCAAAUGACACAAAUUGAAAUUGCAAAUUAAAAAAAACACCUAAUGAAAACAGAAACUCCCAUUUAUUGCAAAAAUAAGUUUUUACACUUGCAUGAGGUGGUUUUCCAUGCAAUUUGAAAAAUGAAUAUAUCACAAAACUCCAAUGGAAACAGGUUUUUCGCAUUUACAGGUCACCUGGCAUAUGUAAAAUCACAGGAUCAUUUUUUUAAUGUACUAUAACCUACAAGAAACACCUUGCCAUUAAUGCUUGGAUAAACCUUAUUUACACUGCACACAUCUGUGGUGCAUUAUGGCUCCGACACGGGCAUUGGCCACUCUAGUCAAUGCUUGUGUUUAUACCAGUUGUGCCAUAUCCCACAAGUGACUGUCCACGCUGCUUCACUAAAGAUACAUGUCUGCUUUGAUUAAAAAUAAUCACUAAGUCUGCCUCUGACCUCAGGUUGCUAAUCCAGUGCGAAUAGACAGGCUGUAAAUAUGUACAUAAAUAUUUAGUGAUUUCCUGGCACAAAACAUUUGUUGGCUUUAGGAAAGUGCCUAUAAUUAUAUAUAAUCAGAAUAUAAUUAAUUUAAUUGAAAUUUAACUGAAGGUUUCAACACACUUGUUUAUAGGAAUAAACAUUAGCUGAGUUAGAGAUAACACAAAAUGUGUGGUCCUUAUGUAUAAAACACAAGAGUUGUGUUAAGAAACAACACAGGUUGUGUUGUUUUCAACACAUCAUUUUCGCGAGUGCACCAACACUCACUGUAAUGGUGCAUUAGGCAUUGUUUGCUAUGUACUCAAACAAACAAGCAUAUGUAAACAAAUGACUAUUAUACAAGGUGUUGUCAGUUGCUACAUUUUUAUUUAAUUGAAAGUGCAAACUUGAUUAACUGUUAACUCUUCAUGAACUAUUCACAAAAGCACCAUUGUCAGGGGUUCAAGCAUGAAUAAUUGAAUAAUGUGCAGUACAGUGAGUCUGUCCAAUCAUUGAGCAAGUUUAAAACAUUUUCUUGCACUUUGUGUGCACAGGCAUUCUGUAUCAAAAUGUGACUAUUAAUUAAAUGGCUAAUAUUUUUA